AUGGCGUCUCAGAUCCUGGGAAACAUGGCCGAAAAAGCCAAAACCAUGGCGGGCGGACAAUCUACCAAGAUUGCCCAGCUCGCAGCUGAUACCAAAGACGUCCACGACAAGAAUUGGAGAAUCACAAGCGACUUUGGCGUCAAGCAGACCAACACAGAUGACUGGCUGAAGGUGGCGAGUGAGGACAGGACAGGUCCCAGCCUGCUCGAGGAUCACUUUGCCCGCGAGAAGAUCCACCGAUUCGACCAUGAACGCAUCCCCGAGCGCGUUGUGCACGCCCGUGGCUCCGGCGCUUUUGGCAAAUUCACCCUCUUCGAGUCGGCUGCAGACGUCACAUCGGCUGGCGUCCUCACAGACACGUCUCGCGAGACGCCCGUGUUCCUCCGUUUUUCGACUGUUCUGGGUAGCCGCGGCUCUGCCGACACGGUUCGAGAUGUUCGUGGCUUCGCUGUCAAGUUCUAUACGGAAGAGGGAAACUGGGAUGUAGUCGGCAACAACAUCCCUGUCUUCUUCAUUCAAGACGCGAUGAAGUUCCCUGAUGUUAUUCACGCUGGUAAACCUGAGCCAGAUUGCGAGGUCCCCCAGGCCCAGUCAGCCCACAACAACUUUUGGGAUUUCCAGUAUAUGCACCCGGAAGCUACACACAUGUUCUUCUGGACCAUGUCUGACCGUUCGAUUCCACGGUCAUACCGCAUGAUGCAGGGCUUUGGUGUCAAUACCUUCACGCUCACCAACGACAAGGGCGAGCGAAGUUUCGUCAAAUUCAUCUUCACGCCUGAGUUAGGUGUACACAGCUUCGUUUGGGAUGAGGCACUCAAGAUUGCUGGUCAAGACCCUGAUUUCCAUCGCAAGGAUCUUUGGAUGGCUAUCGAUAGUGGCGCUUACCCCAAGUGGAAGUUCGGUAUUCAGGUCAUCCCCGAGGCCAAGGAGCAUGAUUUCGACUUUGAUAUUCUUGACGCUACCAAAGUUUGGCCCGAAGAGUUGGUUCCCAUCCGGUACAUUGGUCAGCUUGAGCUGAACAGGAACCCUGACGAGUUUUUCACUCAAACCGAGCAAGUUGCAUUCUGCACGAGCCACAUUGUUCCAGGAAUUGGCUUCAGCAACGAUCCCCUCCUACAGGGACGCAACUUCUCCUACCAGGAUACUCAGCUGUCUCGUUUGGGUGUCAACUGGCAAGAAUUGCCGAUCAACAAGCCUGUCUGUCCAGUGAUGAACUUCAACCGUGACGGAGCUAUGCGACACAGCAUUACCAAGGGCAAAGUCAACUACUGGCCUAACCGUUUCGAGACUGUACCUCCCGCCACUGCCCAGGAGGGUGGAUUCGUCGAAUUCCCCGAGAAGGUCGUUGGCAUCAAGACUCGCUUGCAGAGUAAGAAGUUCAGGGAGCACAAGAACCAGGCUGAGCUCUUCUACAACUCCAUGUCGGAGCCUGAGAAGAGGCAUAUCAAGGACGCCCUUGCCUUUGAGCUUGACCACUGCGACGACGAGGUCGUGUACAAGCGAUUGUGUGAGCGUCUCUGUGAGAUCGAUCUAGAAUUGGCGCAGAGCGUGGCCGAGAUGGUUGGCGCCGAUAUUCCCCAGGAGCAAACGCGACCCAAGCACAACAAGAAGGCAAAGGGUCUCUCGCAGCUAGAAUACAUGCCUGCUACGCCGACUAUUGCGACGCGCAUGGUCGCCAUUCUCAUCGCAGACGGCUACGACCAGGUUGCGUACAAUGGUAUCAAGGCUGCCUUGACAGCUGCUGGAGCCCUUCCAUUCACUAUCAGCCCGAGGAGGAACAAAAUCUACGCCGAUGGCGAAGAAAAGGGUGGCUCGGGCGGCGUAGUCGCAGACCAUCAUCUUGAAGGCCAGCGCUCCACCAUGUACGAUAGCGUCUUCGUUCCCGGCGGCGCUAAGUCCGUCGAAACGCUCCGUAAGAACGGGCGCGCGGUGCACUGGGUUCGUGAAGCGUUCGGUCACUUGAAAGCCAUUGGCGCUACCGGUGAGGCUGUUGCGUUUAUCCGACAAGCUGUUGAUCUUCCCGGUAUGCAGUUCUCGACCGCAGGCGAUGUGGUGGACUCAUAUGGUGUGGUUACGGCAUCACAGGUGCAGCCGGAGAGCUUCAAAGAGACGGUGCAGAUGGCCAAGGGCGCGACAGACUUUGUGAGCGCGUAUACGUGGGCGAUCUCGCAGCAUAAGAACUUUGAGCGUGAGGCGGCGGGUCUGAAUGCUCAGGUUGCGUAUUAA